CGUGCUGCGAGCCCGGGCGGGCGGGAGGCGGCGGCGGCAUGCGGCUCGCUGGGCAGCGCCCGUCGCGGGGCUGAGCCGGGGCGGCGCGGGCGGCCGUGCAUGUGUGCCCCCUGCCAGUGCGUGCGGCGAGGUGGCGGCGGCGGCGGCGGCGGCGGCGGCGGGAGGACGAUGAAAAUGCUCCGGUUCCGGAGCUCGAGCAUCAGGUCCCUGAGCCAGAUGAAAUGCACCGUGCGGAUGCUGGACGACGCCGAGGUCUCCUGCCAUAUCCAGAGGGAGACAAAAGGUCAGUUUCUCAUAGACCAUAUCUGUAACUAUUACAGUUUGCUGGAAAAAGACUACUUUGGCAUUCGAUAUGUUGACCCUGAGAAGCAGCGGCACUGGCUCGAACCCAACAAGUCUAUCUCCAAGCAAAUGAAAUCUCAUCCACCAUAUACCAUGUGCUUUAGAGUGAAAUUCUACCCACAUGAACCCUUGAAGAUCAAAGAAGAGCUCACCAGGUACCUUUUGUAUCUUCAGCUCAAAAGGGACAUUUUCCAUGGCCGUUUGCUGUGUUCUUUUUCUGAUGCUGCCUACCUGGGUGCCUGUAUUGUCCAAGCUGAGCUUGGCGAUUAUGAUCCUGAUGAACACCCAGAAAAUUACAUCAGUGAUUUUAAGAUUUUCCCCAAGCAAUCACAAAAGCUGGAAAGAAAAAUAGCUGAAAUGCAUAAAAAUGAAUUCAGAGGUCAGAGUCCAGCUGUUGCUGAAUUCAAUUUACUACUGAAAGCACAUUCUUUGGAAACGUACGGUGUUGAUCCCCAUCCUUGCAAGGAUUCAACAGGGACCACUACAUUUUUAGGAUUCACAGCCACAGGCUUUGUCGUUUUCCAGGGAAAUAAAAGAAUUCAUUUGUUAAAAUGGUGUGAUGUCUAUAAAUUGAAAUUUGAAGGGAAGACAUUUUAUGUGUUUGGAGCUCAGAGAGAGAAAAAGACAAUGUUGUCAUUCCAUACUUCUACACCAGCAGCCUGCAAGCACCUUUGGAAGUGUGGGGUGGAGAACCAGGCUUUUUAUAAGUGUGCAAAAUCCAGUCAGAUCAAGACGGUGUCCAGCAGCAAAAUAUUUUUUAAAGGCAGUAGAUUUCGAUAUUGUGGCAAAGUUGCCAAAGAAGUGGUUGAAGCAAGUUCUAAGAUCCAAAGGGAACCUCCUGAAGUUCACAGAACCAGCAUUCCCCAGAGUCAUAGCUCUCACUCCUUGAACAAACAGCUCAUAAUCAAUAUGGAACCUUUGCAGCCCCUUCUCCCUUCUCCAAGUGAAGAGGAAGAGAUUCCAUUUGAUGAAGGUAUCCAUCUGCCAAAGGAAGAUGAGAUCUCAGUUCCUGUGAUAGCCAGCUCCCCUGUUAAGGAUGCUGGGGAGAGCAUAGAUUUCACAAUUGAGGAGGAAGAGAAAAUCAAAGAGGAACCCUUAACCAUCUCAGAACUGGUGUACAACCCAAGUGCCAGCUUGCUACCCACCCCAGUUGAUGAAAAUGAGAUUGAUAUGCUCUUUGAUACCCCUUUGAGGGCAGAGAAUGACAAAGAUGACACUGAUUCAUUUGAGGAACUGGAAGUGGAUGAAAAUGCAUUUUUGGUCGCAGAAGAAGAGGAGCUGAAAGAAGCCCGGAGAGCACUUAGGUGUAGCUAUGACUUUCUGAUGGGCAACAUACAGGUCAAUGCCUUUGUGAAGAGUUUCUCCAGACUUCUUCUCGUAGGUCUUGGACUGUUGCUGUUUGUGUUCCCCCUUCUCCUUGUUCUCUUGGAGUCAGAUCUCAAUAUCUCCUUUCUCCAUGAAAUUCGUCAGACACCAGAGUUCCAGCAGUUUCACGUUGAAUAUUACUGCCCUCUCAGGCAAUGGGUUGCUUGCAAAAUAAACUUUAUUUUUGACAUGCUGGGCAGCUCUUAAAUUUAAAAAAAAUGCGAGACAACUAAGGGCUAUAUUCAAAAUAUCAGUUAGUGCAAGCUUCUCAUAAUGCUUGUGGGGCCAUCAGCAGGUAGUUGACUUCAUUUUCAGCCCAUAAGACUGCUCAAGUUCUUAAGUUUACUUUACAUAAAUAACUGCUUUCAUUACAGGCUUAUAAGGUGGCCUUUAAAUAACCAAAAAGAGGUUUUAUUUUUAUUGCAUUUCAGAUUUCCUGAGUCAUCUAUUGUAUCACACCAUGCACGACUGGGUUCAUCAUUUGUAACCUUACAAGCCAUGACAUUUGGAGUCUGAAAUUUAGUGAGAGAGGUGUUUUUGAAUAUAUUCCUUAGUGUAAGAAUCUCUUCUAACCAAUGCCUAUACAAGCAAUGUUUAUGCUGGGUUUUGUUUCUUGGUUUGUUUUUCUGUUUUUGUUUUUUUUUUAACGAUUUGAUGUGUUUAAAAUAUUUUGGUAAAUUUUUAGCAAUUGAGAACUCCUGAAGUUAUUUAAAUGUACAGAUUGGUAAGAAUAAUGCACAAGGGGAUGUAUGGGGAUUUUUUAAUGUUUUAACAAUGAUUUGUUUUUAACAUAUUUUGGCUGGACAGUAUCUGUUAUAGCUGGAUACAAGUUGGCCUGUGGUCUGGGCAAAGUACAGUAAGUUCGCUCAAGUUUAGUGGGGGCUGCUGAGGGGAGAUGAAAUGACACAGAAUCAUCAAAUAUGCUUCUAAAUGGCAUAGUGCUAAAGAUUGGGAAGGUGAAUAUCAUUGACAAAAUGAUUAUCCAUCUUCAUCUGCAUCCUGUCAUCUAAUUUUUCAGUCAGUGCUGCAGAAAAACCUUUAAGACAGUCCAAGCAAGUGUCGUAAGAGGGUGUGAUGGACCUUUGAAAUAAAUGUAGAUUAUUGUACAUAACAUGGAAACCUGAAGUGAUGGUAAGUACCAAAAAUUGCUAGCUAGACCAGUAGGUGAGUGACCUACUUUUUUUUUUAAUGGUCUUUUAAACAGUGAAGCUUUAGACUAUACAGUUGAUGUGAAGGUCUUCUAUGAAUAAUAAAAGGAUAAAACAUUAUUAAAAGAAACAUACUGGUCCCUGAUUCCCUUUCUUAUUAAUCUCAGAGAAUCCUCAUUAACUGUGUUGUCAUUUCCUGUGUGUGCUGAUUCUUACCCUGUAUGUGUGUCAGUGCACUUGCAUUAUUUCCCUCUGUGUAUGAAACUAGUCAUAGGGGUCUAUUGUUGUCUUAAUGUACCAAGGAAUUGUAUAUCUGCAGUAGUUCACAUUACUGUUUAGAAAAUACACAUACAAAAAACCUUGUGAGCAUUGAGAAAAUCAGUAGAUCCCCAAAAGCUAAAGAAAAAUGAAAUUAUAUUUGGAAACUGGAGCAUCAUCAUAGCAGAUCCUUUUUUUUAAAGCAUCACUGUUGAUGUAUUGAUUUUCUUCAAUUUAAGCUAGUGAACUACAGCUUCAGCCUCAUAAUCUCUCCUUGAUGGAGUUCCUUAAGUGGAAAUGUAGUUGAGAAUGUUUGUCAGAACAGUUCUUGUCAUGUUGUAACAAUAGCUGUAAGUCACACAGCGCCAGAUUGAAUUUAUUCUUUGAAAGAGGGAAUCUUAACUCCCUACUUUAUGCUUUCUAAGCCUUUGCACGACCAGUUUGAAAACUGAAAUUUCCCAUGAAGUUGUUUAUUCUUUUUCUUUUCCACCCCUUUUAAAAUGAUAUAGCGUUCAUAGUUUUUAGGAAUUGCUCUUCCUAAUUGUCAACUUCUGGAUUUUUCCCCAUUUCCCAACAAUAAAGGUGAAAUAGAGCCAUUCAGUCUCCUGUCUCUUCAUUCUGUCUUUCUUCAUAAGUCUGUUCCUAAUGAGGAUCAUUAUUAAUUGGUUGGUUGGUGCAUAUUUCAUCUUGUGUAACUUGCAGCUAAACAGUCCUUUCCCUUAAGACAAGAAUCAUCCAGUCCACUAGAACUUUUUACAGCAAACUAAAGUAGACGUAUGACUUUAACAGGAAUUAUUUCUGUAUAGUUCAUAUUCAUAUAUAUACAGAUAUAUAUAUAUAUAGCUUCCUGUAUAAAGUUGUGAGCUGAGAGUUCCUGGAUGGUGAUGGUUAUAAGAGCAGGCAACUUGCUAGAGUACAGGGAGAUAGUUCCAUGCCAGGUCCUAUUUAUUAAGUCCCAUAAUUAUAAAAAGUUAGGUCCAGUGUUCUAAAAUGUAGUCUUGUCCAUGUAGAGCUCCAAGAAUUGGAGCAUAUGUUUUGUUUGAUUAAACUCUAUCUGCAAAUGGCUGAGUUGCAUGAGGAAAAGAUAACCUCAGAGAGUGCACAGUGCAGUAAGGUUAUAUGUAGAGUUAAAUGCAAGUGUGUGUGUAUGUGCCUUUACUGUAUGUGUGUACAUAUAGUCCUUGCCUUUUAAAAUUCCUCCUAUCAAACAGGUAACUUUCUGCUCUAUCAGGUAAAUUUUACUGAAAAAAACAUGGAGUUUCUGGAAGAUUUUGCUACAUAUCAGUUGAAAUUUAAAGGACCAGGACUCUAUACACACACAGACAACAUUCAUAAAAAUGAACUGGUAUACAGUAUGGCAUUAUAUAUAUAUAUAUAUAUAUAUAUAUAUAUAUAUAUAUAUAUAUAUAUGUGUGUGUGUGUAUGUAUAUAUGUACAUGCAUACAUGUGUGCAUACACACACACCAAUGUCUUAGUACUCAAGAUGACAGCUGAAUUAUGAAUUAUGUAGGUACAGUAUUAUGUAUUUCUGUCUGCUUGGAAUAUAUUGUAAAAUGUUAUGUACUUGAAAUCUAUUUUGUGGUUUGUCUAAUAUUUAUAAAUGCGACUCUGGGAAGAAUUUAAAAAUGGGUUUAUUUCACUGAAAUGCAAAAGACUUGGGGGAAAUGUACCUGUAACUUGAGCCUUAUCUUUGUACAGUGAAUUUCACAUUUCUAUGUCAACAUCCUGAUUGUUUUGUAUGUUGAUACGAUGGCAGGAAUCCCUAAUAAAAACACACUGGAAAAA